AUCGGUUACACUGUGUGUCCCGGGCAUCGCCGGUGGAGUCUCUUCAGGACACUAAGCGCACGGAGCUUGGAGCCCGAGGCCCGGACCCGCCACUAUGGCGCAGAUUUUGCCUAUCCGCUUCCAGGAGCACUUUCAGCUCCAGAAUGUGGGUAUCAAUCCAGCAAACAUUGGUUUCAGCACCCUAACUAUGGAGUCAGACAAGUUUAUCUGCAUCAGAGAGAAGGUUGGGGAGCAGGCCCAGGUGGUCAUCAUAGAUAUGGCUGACCCGACCAACCCCCUGAGACGCCCCAUCUCUGCUGAAAGUGCUAUCAUGAACCCAGCUUCCAAAGUCAUUGCUCUGAAAGCUGGGAAAACCCUCCAGAUCUUCAAUAUUGAGAUGAAGAGCAAAAUGAAGGCUCACACCAUGUCCGAGGAGGUGAUUUUCUGGAAGUGGAUUUCUGUGAACACAGUGGCCCUGGUGACUGAGACGGCCGUGUACCACUGGAGCAUGGAGGGGGACUCUCAGCCACAGAAGAUGUUUGAUCGUCACGCCAGUUUGGCCGGCUGCCAAAUCAUCAACUACAGGACAGACGAGCAGCAGAAGUGGCUUCUUCUGAUUGGUAUCUCUGCUCAGCAAAACCGUGUUGUUGGUGCGAUGCAGCUGUAUUCAGUGGACAGGAAGGUUUCUCAGCCCAUAGAAGGCCACGCUGCAGCAUUUGCAGAAUUCAAGAUAGAAAGGAACUCAAAACCGUCCACACUCUUCUGUUUUGCUGUGCGUGGACAGGCAGGCGGCAAGCUGCACAUUAUCGAGGUAGGACAACCUGCAAACGGGAACCAACCUUUUGCCAAGAAAGCUGUCGAUGUCUUUUUCCCUCCUGAAGCUCAGACUGACUUCCCUGUGGCCAUGCAGAUUGGAUCCAAGCAUGGAGUGAUUUAUCUCAUCACGAAGUAUGGAUACAUUCACAUGUAUGACUUGGAAUCUGGCGCAUGUAUCUAUAUGAACCGCAUCAGUGCUGAUACCAUCUUUGUCACUGCUGCCCACGAACCCACUUCUGGCAUUAUUGGUGUCAACAAGAAAGGACAGGUUCUGUCAGUCUGUGUGGAAGAAGACAACAUUGUGAAUUACGCCACCAAUGUGCUGCAGAAUCCAGACCUGGGCCUUCGUAUGGCUAUCCGUAGCAAUCUGGCAGGAGCCGAAGAACUCUUUGCAAGGAAGUUUAACACUUUAUUUGCCCAAGGAAAUUACUCAGAGGCUGCGAAGGUGGCAGCAUCUGCUCCAAAGGGCAUCCUUCGCACGGCAGACACGAUCAGAAAGUUCCAGACCGUACCAGCACAGCCUGGGCAGGCAUCCCCUCUGCUUCAGUAUUUUGGGAUUCUGCUGGAUCAAGGGCAACUGAACAAGCUGGAGUCGCUGGAGCUCUGCCGACCUGUUCUGCAGCAGGGACGCAAGCAACUCUUGGAGAAAUGGCUUAAGGAAGAUAAGCUUGAGUGUUCUGAGGAACUUGGAGACCUGGUGAAGGCUGUUGAUCCAACCCUUGCUCUGAGUGUUUACCUGCGUGCUAGCGUGCCAAACAAAGUGAUCCAGUGCUUUGCAGAGACGGGCCAGUUCCAGAAGAUUGUGUUGUAUGCCAAAAAGGUGGCGUACACACCAGACUGGAUCUUCCUUCUUCGUAGCGUUAUGCGGAUAAGCCCGGAUCAGGGUCUUCAGUUCUCUCAGAUGCUAGUCCAAGAUGAUGAACCUUUAGCUAAUAUUAAUCAGAUUGUGGAUGUCUUUAUGGAAAACAGUUUGAUCCAGCAGUGCACAUCCUUCCUGCUUGAUGCAUUAAAGAACAAUAGGCCAGCUGAGGGCCAUCUUCAGACUCGGCUUCUUGAGAUGAACUUGAUCCAUGCUCCGCAGGUUGCUGAUGCUAUUCUUGGAAAUCAGAUGUUCACUCACUAUGACCGGGCUCACAUUGCCCAGCUGUGUGAAAAGGCUGGUCUUCUACAGAGGGCGUUGGAGCACUACACUGAUCCGUAUGAUAUCAAGCGAGCUGUUGUACACACUCACCUUCUAAAUCCGGAGUGGCUGGUGAAUUUCUUUGGCUCCCUUUCUGUGGAGGAUUCUGUGGAAUGCUUACGUGCCAUGCUGUCUGCAAACAUCCGGCAGAAUCUGCAGCUCUGUGUUCAGGUGGCAUCCAAAUACCACGAACAGCUGGGUACCCAGUCCUUGGUGGAACUCUUUGAGUCUUUCAAGAGUUAUGAAGGACUCUUUUACUUUUUGGGAUCCAUUGUGAAUUUCAGUCAAGACCCUGAUGUGCAUUUCAAAUAUAUCCAGGCUGCCUGUAAAACAGGCCAGAUAAAAGAAGUGGAACGGAUCUGUCGGGAAAGCAAUUGUUACAACCCAGAGCGUGUCAAGAAUUUUCUCAAGGAGGCCAAGCUCACAGACCAGCUCCCACUGAUUAUUGUCUGCGAUCGGUUUGACUUUGUACAUGACCUUGUUCUGUACUUGUACCGUAACAGUCUACAGAAGUACAUCGAAAUCUAUGUGCAAAAGGUGAACCCCAGUCGUAUACCAGCGGUAGUGGGUGGACUCUUGGAUGUUGACUGCUCUGAGGAUGUCAUUAAGAACCUGAUUAUGGUUGUUCAUGGUCAGUUCUCCACUGAUGAGCUGGUGGCUGAAGUAGAGAAAAGAAACCGGCUGAAGUUGCUCUUACCUUGGCUGGAAACCAGAAUCCACGAGGGCUGCGAGGAGCCGGCUACACACAAUGCCUUAGCAAAGAUUUACAUUGACAGCAACAAUAACCCUGAACGAUUCUUGCGGGAGAACCCUUUCUAUGAUAGUUGUGUGGUGGGCAAGUACUGUGAGAAAAGAGAUCCUCACUUGGCAUGUGUGGCCUAUGAACGAGGCCAGUGUGACCUGGAACUUAUUAAGGUGUGCAAUGAGAACUCCUUGUUUAAAAGUGAAGCCCGUUACCUGGUGAGAAGGAAGGAUCCUGAUUUGUGGGCAAAUGUCCUUGAGGAAAACAAUCCCUUUAGACGACAGCUAAUUGACCAGGUGGUACAGACAGCCCUUUCAGAGACCCAGGAUCCAGAAGAAGUAUCUGUAACUGUGAAAGCCUUCAUGACUGCCGAUCUCCCUAAUGAGCUUAUAGAGCUUCUGGAGAAGAUAGUGCUGGACAACUCUGUCUUCAGCGAACACAGAAACUUGCAGAAUUUGCUGAUCCUGACAGCCAUUAAAGCUGACCGCACAAGGGUUAUGGAGUAUAUCAACCGCUUGGAUAACUAUGAUGCUCCUGACAUUGCUAACAUAGCAAUUAGCAACCAACUGUUUGAGGAAGCCUUUGCCAUAUUUAGGAAGUUUGAUGUCAACACGUCCGCCAUCCAGGUUUUGAUUGAGCACAUUGGGAAUUUGGAUCGUGCCUAUGAGUUUGCUGAGAGGUGCAACGAGCCAGCGGUAUGGAGCCAGCUGGGUCGAGCUCAGCUACAGAAGGAUUUGGUAAAGGAGGCUAUUGACUCUUACAUCAAAGCUGAUGAUCCCUCUUCUUACAUGGAAGUGGUACAAGCAGCCAGCAAAAAUAAUAACUGGGAAGACCUAGUGAAGUUCUUACAGAUGGCACGGAAAAAGGCUAGAGAAUCCUAUGUAGAAACAGAACUCAUCUUUGCAUUUGCCAAAACGAACCGCCUGUCUGAGCUGGAAGAGUUUGUCAGCGGGCCCAACAAUGCCCACAUUCAGCAGGUUGGCGAUCGUUGUUAUGAAGAGGGCAUGUAUGAGGCUGCCAAGUUGCUCUACAACAAUGUAUCUAAUUUUGCUCGUUUAGCAUCAACGCUAGUACAUCUCGGCGAAUAUCAGGCUGCCGUGGACAGUGCAAGAAAAGCCAACAGUACCCGCACAUGGAAGGAGGUAUGCUUUGCUUGUGUGGAUGGCACAGAAUUCCGCCUGGCUCAAAUGUGUGGCCUGCACAUUGUGAUACACGCUGACGAGUUAGAAGAGCUGAUCACUUAUUACCAGGACCGUGGUUAUUUUGAGGAGCUCAUUGCUCUUCUUGAAGCUGCUUUGGGAUUAGAACGUGCACACAUGGGCAUGUUCACCGAACUCGCUAUUCUGUACUCCAAGUUUAAACCUCAGAAAAUGCGUGAACAUCUAGAGCUUUUCUGGUCUCGUGUCAACAUCCCCAAGGUGCUGCGUGCAGCAGAGCAGGCCCACCUGUGGGGUGAACUAGUCUUCCUUUAUGAUAAGUAUGAAGAGUAUGAUAAUGCAAUUAUCACCAUGAUGAAUCAUCCCACCAGCGCCUGGAAAGAGGGGCAGUUUAAGGACAUUAUCACCAAGGUGGCCAAUGUGGAACUGUAUUACAAAGGCUUGCAGUUUUACCUGGAGUACAAACCUCUGCUAAUAAAUGACCUUCUCCUGGUCUUAUCUCCGAGGCUGGACCACACUAGAACAGUUAACUACUUUUCCAAGGUGAACCAGCUACCACUGGUAAAGCCGUACCUGCGCUCUGUACAGAACCACAACAACAAGUCUGUGAAUGAAGCUCUCAAUAACCUGUUAACAGAGGAGGAGGAUUACCAGGGUUUGAGAGCAUCCAUUGAUGCGUAUGAUAAUUUUGAUAACAUCACCCUGGCCCAGCGACUGGAGAAACACGAGCUUAUUGAAUUCCGCAGAAUUGCAGCAUAUCUGUACAAGGGGAACAACCGCUGGAAGCAGAGUGUGGAGCUGUGUAAAAAGGACAAGUUGUAUAAGGAUGCCAUGCUGUACGCUGCAGAGUCAAAAGACAUGGAGUUGGCAGAGAAGCUGCUGCAAUGGUUCCUGGAGGAGGGGAAGCACGAGUGCUUUGCUGCCACUCUCUUCACCUGCUAUGACUUGCUACAUCCAGACACUGUGCUAGAGCUGGCCUGGAGACACAACAUCAUGGACUUUGCAAUGCCUUACUUUAUCCAAGUUAUGAGGGAGUACCUAACUAAGGUGGACAAACUGCAUGCUGCAGAGAGCCUGAGGAAGGAAGAGGAACAGGUUACAGAACCAACUCCUAUAGUAUUUGGCCAGCAGCUGAUGCUCACAGCAGGUCCUAGUGGUGUAGUACCGCCUCAGCCCAGCUUUCCCUAUGGAUAUGCAGCUCCUCCAACCUUUACCCAGCCUCCCCCUCCUUCUGUCUCUCCUGGCUAUGGCUUCAACAUGUAACCUCCUGCCACUCAGAUUAAACCUGCAAUGGCACAUUGAGCGCCCUCUACUGGGAGCUGACUGCAGUUCAUCUUGGACACAUUUAUUUAUUACAUUUGCUUCGACAGACUUUUAUCUGGGAAAGGCAGCUUUUCAGCCACUCAUUACCAUUAAAUGUUAAACAUGUUUUUAUUUUUUGUUGUUGUUUUAUGGAUGGGAAUGGCAGAGAGCUGUCAGCACUGAUUUCAUGACUAUUACAUAUGUUAAUGGAGCAAAUGUUCUGUACUGUAAACUGCCGGAUAUAUAUAAAACACAGCAGCUUCAUAUCCAUGCACAAGCCCGUAUGAAGCGCUGCCAAGGAGGACUGUCAUACUAGGUUUCAUCUCUGCUCCCAGUUGCUGUCACCUGUCACUGCUCCACCAAUGCCUGAUUUAGAAGUCUUGCAUUGUUGUGCCUGUUAUCUCUGUUAUUGGGGGAGUUUAUGUGUGGAAACAGAUACAGGAAGCCUUGUAGCCUAAAACUCCAUAUUAAUCAGAAACCGAUGUUUGACAAAAGUGAUACUAUUUACAUGUUGAAUAAUAUAAAUUUGAAAUGCCAAUCGCAGUAAA